UAGAGGAUGGUGCAUGAAGAGAUGUCGUUUGGAUCAUUUCCAUUAGCUGAGCUGAUGGACCUCAACACUUGGAGGCACACAGCGAAUGGGACAGUUGUGGAAGAAUUUAUCCUUCUUGGCUUCCCAGGCACGUGGCGUUCCCGGGUCUCCUUUGCGAUUGUGUUUGCAUUGAUGUACUCCCUGACAGUAACAGGCAACACAUCCAUCAUAGCCCUCGUGUGGAUGAACAGGAACCUCCAUACUCCAAUGUACUUUUUCCUCUGUAAUCUCUCCUUUCUGGAGAUCUUGUACACUACGGGUGCUGUUCCCAAAGCCAUUGGAGUCAUGCUGGGGACUAGCCAGACCAUCUCCUUCAGUGUCUGCAUCUUCCAGUUGUUCUUUCUUCUCUCCCUAGGCUCCACUGAGUGUUUUCUCUUGUCUGUCAUGGCCUAUGACCGCUACUUAGCCAUAUGCUACCCUUUGAGAUACAGUUCCCUCAUGAACAGUGUCAUCUCUGCUCGGCUGGCACUCAGCUCCUGGCUGGGAGGCUUUCUGGCCAUCUCACUUCUGGCCUUUCUGACAUCCAGGCAGACAUUCUGUGGGCCAGACGUCAUCAACCAUUUCUUAUGUGAUAUAGAUGCCUGCCUUGCCCUUUCCUGUAGUGACAGGUGGCCCGUGGAGCUGGCGACUUUCCUUGUUUCCAUAAUUGUUGUGGUGGCCUCCUGUGUGGUCAUCCUGGUCUCCUACAUGUACAUUAUUUAUUUCAUCCUCAGCAUCCAGUCAGCCCAUGGCAGGAAAAAGGCCUUUUCCACUUGCUCUGCCCAUCUCAGUGUCGUCACGAUCUGGUAUGGCUCUAUCAUCUUCCUAUACGUCAAGCCAUCAGCCCAGAGCAACAUGGAUGUGAAAAAAAUCGUGAAUACCCUUAACACAAUUGUAACUCCUUUGUUGAACCCCUUCAUUUACACAUUCAGAAACAAAGAAGUGAAGCAAGCUCUGGGGCGGGCUUUCCAGAAGAAGUGAAGCAAGUUUUCAGAAGACCUCAGUGUGAGCUAACAAUGUGCCAGGGCAUCACAGGUAGUCAGAAGCCGCAGUUCCCCAGUGAGCUCAUCUCACUCACCUUACAGCCUCCUUAGUCUGGGCUUAGCCUUGACUCUAUGAUUCUCCUUGAUUCUAUAAUUCUAAUGCUCCUCUCACACUGCUCUAAGGACCAGCUCCUGGGGAAGGUCACAAACCCCAUCAAGAAACAGUUCUCUGACAGAACACUGGAGGAGGGGUCCUCCUCCUACAGGCUUGUAUUACAGUU